AUGGGAUUUUUCACUAUGCCAUGGGGCCUGACUGGAGCUCUAUUGGCAACGACAUACCUUCAUUCCCUAUGCGGCGUGUCUGCGGGCCCAUCCAUUAAUGUCGGAAUGAAAGCCUCGUUUUCCGCUGCGCCAUAUCUUCUAGAGCUCCUAGAAACUGCGGGAAACGAGAACGCCACAUCCUAUUUCCCCCUCCUUGACCGAAUCGCGGAUGGCUACUUUACCAAAACCUCAACGGACAAAGAACUGUUCGAGAAAUUCGUUCAAGUUCUGAAGGAUGACGGGCAUAUGCUGCAGCCCGAGUCUCUAUCUUCCUGGCAGUUUGCUCUGUCUAUGCGGGCCUCAGCGCCUCGAAUCGAGGCACAUUACCAGUACUACCACACGGCAGCCGAGCCAUCAUUGAAGGGGGAGCAAGAUACCUCCUGCUCGGUCUGGGUGCUGUUCAAUGGAAAGCAAUAUUGUUCACCAGCACUUGAUGCAGCCCAUGGCGACAUUGGUGGAGACUCGCAAGUUCAGGAGUUGCAGUUCGACCGAGUGUUAGGCAAUUCUUCAGCACCUGCUUCCAUCCUUUACGCCGAUAUCACUUCUCCUACUUUUGGGCGGUUCCACAAGACCCUGGUGAAGACUGCUCGUGAAGGAAAGACCUCGUAUCGUAUUCGGCACAGAAAGUCACUAACAGCCGAAAACAAACCCCUUAUUAUUCCUGGAUACGGUGUGGAGCUUGCCCUCAAGCGGACUGACUACAUUGUGAUUGACGACCGCGAUGAAAACGAGAGCAAGACUGCAAGCGCAGCGCCAGAGAAAGAAGUCAGGUUUGAGGACGAGGAAUUGGCAGAUCUAAAGCCGCUAUCAGCAUCGGAACUGUACUCGCUUGGUUUAAAGGCUUCGAGCUUCAUCUUACAAAGCGGGAAUCCUCUCGAUUCGCUUGUAAAAUUGUCCCAGGAUUUCCCCAAGUAUUCGAGCGCCAUCUCCUCUCACGAUGUCUCCAAGGAAUUUGCUGCCGAGCACCACUACAACCGUGGCCAGUUGGUACCUGCGGGAAACAAUAUGGUGUGGAUGAAUGGAGUUCGGCUGAUCGAUCGGCAAAUUGAAGCCUUGGACCUGCUAGACAUUUUCCGAAAAGAGCGUAAGCUUAUCAAUGGACUCAGGGAGCUGGGCCUCACUGGCACUCAAGCCAUUCAGCUACUUUCGCACUCGGAGAUAGCCACUGUUAAGGCUGAAAAUUCACCCCCAAGAUUUGACUGGAGAGAUGAUAUUGAAGGAGGAAACGCCAUCAUCUGGAUGAACGACCUCGAAAAGGACAAGCGAUACGCCGGAUGGUCACCCUCACUGAAAACAUUUCUCCAUCGAGUAUAUCCUGGUCAACUGCCUCAAUGUCGACGAGAUUGUUUUAAUGCAAUUUUUCCAGUUAAUUUUACCAAUCCCCAAGACGUUCUCCUGGUGGCAGACAACUUACUGAAUUACGUGAAGAGAAAAGUUUCAGUACGAUUUGGAAUCGUGCCCCUUACAAGCACCCCUGAUUCUCUGGCGCACGCCAAAGUGAUGUACCACUUGCUGGAUACCUAUGGACUCUCAGCUGCCAUGGCAUAUCUCGAAGCUGCGUAUACGUCUCAGAAGAUCUUGGCACCAAGUGCUGCACACUUUCAGACUGCGAUUGGGGAAAGGACGGCCCGCAACGAUAAAAAGGCCUUAACUCUCGAGGAAGUGCUUCACCCAGAAAGCUACCAAACCCAAAUCGAAGCAGCCCGGCAAUGGGUGCGACGACUUGCUGCAGAUAGUAAGAUUCCAACGAUGUUUAUCGAUGGUGUCGCUAUUCCCAGAGACGAAAACUGGCUUCAGGCGAUGAGCCAGAAAGUUACCACUGAUCUUCAACUCAUUCAACAAGCCAUCUUCACCGAGAUCCUCGAUGAAGAAAGCUGGCUCCCUGGGCACUUUCUCCUUCAGGCUUCAACACGUCGAAAUUCACUCGUUGUUCCCGAGGACGAGAAGACAUUGAAGAUUUUUGACGUCAACAAGCUAGUGGGAGAGAACCAAGAGAUCCUGAACAAUUUGCCUCGCAUCGAGGCAGAUGUCACAGCCGCAAAGGCGGACUGGGCUCACAUGAUUUUGGUUGUUGACCUAGAGUCCGAGGCUGGCGAGAAACUUCUUGCAACAGCGGCAGUCUUCCGCGAAGCCAACCCAUCCGUCGAGCUAGUUAUUGUGCAUAAUCCGGCCUCAGACAUAAUCGAUUCCGGUCUUAGCUCUGACUUCUACCAAUUUAUGCUGAACAACGAUAAUAAAGCGUUCUCAAGCAUCAACGAUCUCACAGCUGUCUUGUCAGCCGAACUGGCCGCUCCAGGGCAGGAGAUUCAGCAGCAUGCAUUAGAGUACUGGCGUGGAGGUGAUGCCAUAGUCAAGUUUCUUGGGCUUCUCCCAGGUCAGAAUGCAGUGCUUUUGAAUGGCAGACUGGUGGGUCCCAUCCCUGCGGACUCGGAUCUCGAUGAAGGAGACUUGGACCAGCUUCUUUCAUAUGAGCGAUCGAAGCGCAUUACUCCAGCCAAUGCUGCUCUUGAAGCCCUUGGGCUGCUGGAUAAUAUAGCAAAUCCUUUGGCAGCUGCCAAGAUCUCGUCAAUCGUAGCUAUUUCGACUAUUUCUGACACUCCGGAUGGAAUAUUCGAGGAAACUUCUACUCUUCGAAUGAGCCAAUUUCACGUUUGGAAUUCUACGUACACUGCAAUCGAGACUGGUGAUGCGUUGACUGCAAGCAUCCACCUCACAGUCCUCCUCGAUCCCGCAAGCCAACUUGGUCAGAAGUGGGUUCCUCUUCUCAAGGUGCUCUCGGAACUUGACGGGGUAUAUAUGAAGUUAUUCCUAAACCCUAAAGAGCGCUUGGAAGAGCUACCUGUCAAGCGUUUCUACAGAUACGUUCUGGAAUCCAAGCCAACAUUCGACGAGGUUGGCGCUCUGAAACCUCUCAGUGCAACUUUCACAGGUGUUCCACAAGAGGCACUGUUAAAUCUUGGCAUGGACAUUCCUCCAGCCUGGCUUGUGGCUCCCAAAGUCUCCGUCUACGAUCCGGACAAUAUCAAGCUCAGCUCUAUCAAAACAGAUGUGGAAGCUCUAUAUGAGCUCGAGAACAUUCUUAUUGAGGGGCAUUCUCGCGAAAUUCCUGGCGGAGCUGCUCCGAGAGGGGUUCAGCUCACGCUUGGUACGGAGAGAAACCCCCACACCGCAGACACAAUCAUCAUGUCUAACUUAGGAUACUUCCAAUUCAAGACAAACCCAGGCUACUACAGGAUUGAUCUGCUCGAAGGUAGAAGCGCCGAAAUCUUCAACAUUGAUAGUGUCGGAUCGAAGGGCUGGAGCCCAACUGCAGGUGAUGAGAACACCGAAGUUGUCCUGAUGAGCUUCAAGGGUGCAACCCUCUACCCACGGAUAUCCCGCAAGCCGGGUAUGGACAGCGAAGAUGUUCUCGAAACCAAAGCCGACUCGAAGAUGGACCUAGUCUCCCGCGGGCUGAAUUUCGCCCAGAGUAUUCUAGGCAAAGGCAAGGGCGCCGUCGAGAAGCAAGCACAAGCAGACAUCAACAUCUUCUCUGUCGCUAGUGGCCACCUCUACGAGCGUAUGCUUAACAUCAUGAUGGUCAGUGUUAUGAAGCACACCAAGCACACCGUCAAGUUCUGGUUUAUCGAGCAAUUCCUCUCCCCCUCUUUCAAAGACUUUAUUCCGUACCUCGCCGCCGAGUACGGCUUCCAAUAUGAGAUGGUUACCUACAAGUGGCCUCACUGGCUUCGCGGGCAGACUGAGAAGCAGCGCGAGAUCUGGGGCUACAAGAUUCUAUUUCUGGACGUUCUGUUCCCGCUCUCCCUAGACAAGGUUAUUUUCGUCGAUGCAGACCAAAUUGUCCGCACCGAUAUGAUGGAGCUCGUGAACCACGAUCUCAAGGGCGCACCGUAUGGCUUCACACCGAUGUGCGACUCUCGCGUUGAGAUGGAAGGAUUCCGCUUCUGGAAACAGGGGUACUGGGAGAAAUUCCUCCGCGGCCUUCCAUACCAUAUCUCAGCCCUCUACGUCGUCGACCUGCACCGUUUCCGUCAGAUUGCAGCCGGAGACCGCCUUCGUCAACAGUAUCACCAGCUAUCAGCUGACCCGAACAGUUUAUCCAAUCUAGACCAGGAUCUGCCAAAUCACAUGCAAUCGAUCCUCCCGAUCCAUAGUCUCCCGCAGGAGUGGCUGUGGUGCGAGACAUGGUGCAGCGACGAGAGUCUGAAAGACGCAAAGACGAUUGAUCUGUGCAACAACCCACAGACCAAGGAGCCGAAGCUCGAUCGCGCGAGGAGGCAGGUGCCGGAAUGGACUGUGUACGAUGAUGAGAUUGCGGCGGUGGAUCGUAAGCGCAAGGGCUUGCCGCCGAUAAGUAGUGAGGCGCCGAAGGUGGCGGGAGAAAGGAAUACGAAGAGUAAAACUCUGGAGGUGGCGAGUCCGACAGCAAGUAAGAAGGAUGAGCUAUAA